CUGUCAUUCGUCGUCAAGAUAUAACAGAAAUCAGACGCCAGAAUGCACUGGACGCUAUAGCUUUGAAUAAAGGUUUUGAAUGCUUGACUGCUGAUUCACCUUGUGACCCUGCUACUCAAGCUAAUGCUUGCGUUAACAAACAAUUCGCGCAAUGUGUUGGUGGGAAAUUCGUAUUAGCUUCAUGCGGUGCUGGUUUGCAGUGUGUUUCUCUGCCGCUGGUUAAUAAACGUGGAACUUCGAUCACUUACGCUCGCAUUUCUGAUGCACUUGGUACUUCAGUACCAAAAACAGUUACGAUUACUUCUACUUCUACAUCUUUAGCACCAAAAACAGUUGCGAUUACUUCUACUUCUACAUCUUCAGCACCAAAAACAGUUACGAUUACUUCUACUUCUACAUCUUCAGCACAAAAAACAAUUGCGAUUAAUGCUACUGCAUUUCCAGCAUUAAAAACAAUUGCUACUACAUAUCCAGCGCAAAAAACAAUUGCUACUACAUUUUAA